AUGACCGAUACACCAUUUCCUCCGCCAGGUGGAGCUCGAGGAGCUUCUCUAACCACCACAUAUUCCGGCCCAAGCAUCUCCUCCAUCCCACGUCGUUCAUCUUACGCUUCGGUCUUGUCCGGGACUGCUUUCUCGCCACCAAGUAGCAGUGGCCCGUUCUCUCAACUGCUUACUUCCAACUCCACUUCCUAUCCCCCGCCCUUUCAUCCCGACGGCCGCCAUCUAAGGCCAUCCGCAGAUCUGGAUGCAGACAUGCAGAUGAACUCCCAAUGGAGGAUGUCGUCCGGCGAUACUCUUCCUCCUUAUUCCCGGAAAUAUGCCAGCUUUACUCGUUCUGAUGCCCUUCUCCAGAGUCCCGGCAGCUUCUCCGACCUUGCAUCCUCUUCCUUUACUCCUUCAUAUCUCCGUAACUCUAGAUACAUCUCCCGCCUCGAUACUGCCCGUCGAGUCAAACUGGCAUCCCAACGGGAUGCUGUCUAUUCGUCAUCCACUUCAAACCCCAUCUCUACCUCCUCCAGCCAAGCUAGCCUACCCCGUAUAGCACCGUCCCAUCGCGGGAUGACCUAUGAUAUCAUCGAGAGGGAACCCCCUGGAGAUGACGAUCACGUCAUGCCACUUCCUUCACGAUGGAAUGACGGAGACAAAUAUUCUGGUCUGGAACUCACGAACGGAGGAUUGGAGGUUCGGUAUACUGGUCCGGUCAACAAGCACGAUCAUGAAGCUGCUGCCGUUCGUGCGGAUAACCCGAUGCCGCCGCAAUGCGGGAUUUACUACUUUGAAAUUACAAUCCUAUCAAAACCAAAAGAAGGGAUGAUUGGGAUUGGAUUCUCCAGUAAUAAAGCAUCUGUCGAGCGCCUCCCGGGAUGGGAGCAGGAAUCCUGGGCGUACCAUGGUGAUGAUGGCAAGUCCUUUUUUGGUGAAAGUCAAGGGCAAGGACGACAGUAUGGCCCUACCUUUGGUGUAAACGAUACUGUGGGUUGUGGUGUUAAUUUCUCGACGGGAUGUGCUUUCUUCACAAAGAAUGGCGUAUUCCUGGGUAAUGCAUUUCGGGAGUUGCGAAACUUGAAGGUCUACCCAUCGGUAGGGAUGAAAAAACAGCCUCCUGUUCAUUUGGCAGCGAACUUUGGUCAACAUCCGUUCAUGUUCGACAUUGAUGGCAUGGUCAAGAAAGAGAAAUUUGCCAUUCACUCCGAGAUCCGUGCUACUAGUACUGCUAACCUGCAACCACCGUUGGAUGAGUCUGCCUUGCUCCAGGAACUAGUUGCACAGUUCCUGGCUCACGACGGAUACGUCGAGACGGCCCGGGCCUUUGCAGAGGAGGUCGCUACCGAGUCGGCGGCACUGCAGAAUGGCCGUGCGGAGCCACUCAAGAAGUAUGAGGUAGAGGAAGACGUGGAAGCGAUCAACCGGCAAAAAAUUCGAGCCGCGAUACUAGACGGCGACAUCGACAAGGCACUCAAGUAUACUAACGCUUAUUACGCCAAUGUUCUGCAGAACUUCCCUCACAUUCACUUCAAGUUACGAUGUCGAAAGUUUCUGGAAAUGAUGCGACGAUGCAACGAGCCCUCCUUGGCCGCAUCGAGGAGAGCGAAGCCAUCCAAUGGUCUUUCUGAUGGCAGCGCCGUCUUUGACGAGGAGAUGGAACUUGAUGAGCAGAUUCACCAUGGUGAUGGCUGGGAUGCCGAAGGAAUGGACACGGAAGAGCCCGAAAACGCUGCCAAGUUCAACGAGCUUCUCACGGAAGCUGUCCAGUAUGGGCAGCAGUUGCGUUUGGACUAUCCGAAUAAUGAGCGCGGAGGGAACAAGAAGAUGCUGGAUGACAUUUUCUCGUUGGUGGCUUAUCCAGAUCCGAAGCAGUCGGUCCACGGACAUUAUCUGGAUCCCGCAGGCCGCAUUGCUGUUGCAGAAGAGUUGAAUUCGGCCAUUUUAGUUUCACUUGGCAAAUCAUCAUCGGCUGCUCUGGAGCGGCUAUACCAACAGACGGAAGUGUUGGUUAAUGAGAUCAGCGAAGAAGGCGGCGCUGGGGCGUUUAUUAAUGUGCGAAAUGAUUUUUUGUCUUGA